CCUGCAAAGCUUCGAAGCGAUUCGAGCAUUUUGAAGAGGAGGAGGAAACCCUAACCCUAGAUCUUAGAAGCUCUCUCUCUGAUCUCUAAUGGCGACGUUUGCUGAUGCUCCCGCUGGCAAUCCCAAGGCUGGAGAGAAGAUUUUCAAGACCAAGUGCGCUCAGUGUCACACCGUCGACAAAGGCGCCGGCCAUAAGCAAGGUCCCAACUUGAAUGGGCUUUUUGGGAGGCAAUCAGGUACCACAGCUGGAUAUUCAUACUCCGCUGCAAACAAGAGCAUGGCUGUAACUUGGGAAGAAAAUACUUUGUAUGAUUACCUGCUCAACCCUAAGAAGUAUAUUCCUGGUACCAAGAUGGUUUUCCCUGGUUUGAAGAAGCCGCAAGAUCGAGCAGAUCUCAUUGCCUAUCUCAAGGAGUCUACUGCUUAAGAAUGAGCCCUAUUACUAUCUUCAUGGUGUUGGAGCAUAUUAUUCUUUUUUUGCUUAAAUAAAAUUUUAAAACCCUAAAGGUCCACCCUGCUUGUCGGAUGAUUCAAGCCGCAGAAACAGGGAAAAACAAUUUCCCCCCCUCAUUUAUCAACGAUAUCAUGUUUUUUAAUGUGGUUGUUUUCCCACAUAUUCAUUUUGUCUGUUAAAACACUUCAUUUUGAUGUUAAACAGUUGAUUCUUGACAGUUUAUUGAAUUCUCCAGUCAUUUCAGUUUC